AUGUGCUGCGGGUGUACUUGUUCUGACUGUAUACUUUACUUCCUAGGGUUCCUGAUACCCCCAGUGGCCGUGUUGCUGCGUUCUGGAUGCUUUUCUUUGGACUUGCUCUUGAAUACCAUUUUGACCUGCCUGGGGGUGUUGCCAGGCAUAGUGCACGCAUUCUACUAUAUCCACAUCACAAGCCCGCUGCGUCACCAGUAUGGCGACCCUGUGCCGGUGGGGACGCUGGACAGGUUUCUUUACGAUCGGCAGCGAUUGGACCAAGCGGUGGCUGCCCAAAGACUGGGCGGCUCCGGUCCUAUGCCAGAAGAGCAGAGGCCCUUGACGUACAGCUCUAACAGCAAGGCGCAGAUGGCGCCACCCCCAUACAAUGAACAUGCAUAA